GUCUGCCCGCGCGGGGAAAACGGUUUCCUAACGGCUCGACGGGAUAGCGUGCGGUCGGUCUCGGUGGCAGUGUUGAGGAGACACCGAGGCAUCCGAGGAGUCGUCGCGGGCGUUUACAGAUAAUGAAACGCCACCACACUGCUUCCAGUAAGACGGGGGAGACCUCUGYUGAAGGAACAGUAAAAAAAUCCCGUAAAUCAAUACAUCAACAAGGGUCUUCCAGCAAAAAAAAGGGAACAGAUGGAGGAGGAAAAAAAACAAAUCAAAAAGGAGAGCAGGUCACUCUGACAGCCAAAUGGAAAGCUAAGGGACCCAAGAACUAUUCUCCUGCAGUACAAACAAAAGAAAAUGGUUCUUCAAAAGAGAUGAAACUAAGCAGUGCUGAAAUAGCAUCUUGGCAGACUCUGUCAGAAAGCAGUAAGCAGUUUCUGGAAACUAUGAUGAAUUCAAUAAUACUUUCUCUUUUGUGCCAACAAAGAGAGARGAAAGAAGAUGUUCAGAAACACCUCAAUUUACUGAAACAAAGGAUGCUGAGAGUUUUCAAGACCUUAAAGGUACCUCCAAGGAAGCUGGGCAACCUGAAGAAUUUGCUGAGUCUUCAAGUGGCAGAGAAACAAACGCUUGAGACAAAUGAAGAAUCUUUGGUACAACUACAGGAAGAAAUAAAUGAAGCCAAGCGAUCUGCAGAACACAUGGAUGAAACUGUACAGCAACUACAGUACAAAAUMCAAGUGCUCAGGAACAAGUUGAAGGAAGAGGAAAGAAAGGCUAGCAAGGUAUUACAGCAAGACUGCAGUGGAGCACUCCACCUUCCAGAACUCCCUAAGCACAGUUUAGAGGCACCCACUCUGCAGAAAGAAAUUUUGAAGAUAAAGAACAAGAAUGGUCUUCUAAAGGAUAUGAGCAUUAUUCAGCAGUCAGCUGAAAUGAAGAACAUGUUAACCCUCAUUGAAAAGAUCUAUGAAAAGGUGGACUUCAUUUGAGAGACCGAAUAUAUGGUGUCUGCUUUGAAGCAAGAUAACCUCUGCCAGUAUUCUAUACUAUAUUGGCAUGUAAAUGCUUUUGAGCACUGUAGUGAUUUAGGUACUCUGUCAGGAAAUCUUUUGACCAGUGGGGCCUCUUCUAAUGAAGAUACAUAUUUUCUUAGAGGAAGAGAGGCUCAUUUGCACUUUUUAUAGGCUUGGGCAAUGUCUUUCAUUGUAUUUGGGCUUUUAUAUCAAAUGAGAAAAUGUCGUGCUUCUCAUGAAACUAACACAUAUUUCAGAGUUAAAUCCUCUUUAAACUUGAAGCAUCUAGUAAAGUUAAGUCUAUCUAAUGCAGAAUUGCAAAUCCUCUUUUUCACCUUCAUUACCUUUUUUUUAAUAAAAAGGCCUAUACUGCAGGAGUCUGAGUCAGACUAYAGAGUUUUCUUACCUUGUUUUGAGCAGUAAGUUGAAAAUGUAUUUUAUAUCCGGUUUAUUCAUGGGGAAAGCAGUUGAGAACUU